AUGCCACGCAUCAAACGAAACACGAUGAACACUCCCACGAAGAGUGCUGUUGAGGAGUCUCCCCGUCCUUCUUCCCACACACCAUCUAAGAGUGGAAAUGCCCCCGCCUCUUCUUCCAAUAGGAAGAGCACUGAGGAGCAGAACGACGAGCUCAAAUCCAACCUCACCCAAGCUCACACUGACAAGCGGAAGCGAAUCUCCGAGGAGCUCUUGGCUCCCCAAUCGUCAACCAAGCGCGUUCGUGAGCGCUGCCCGUGGAACCGGCUUUCUUAUCGCCUCCCAAAAUGCCCCCCUCGUUAUCUCGGCGACGGAGAUGAAGAGCAGUGGCAAACUGCCAUGAGAAGGUACCGAUUAUACGAGAAGGCCGCGGCAAGGCUUAGUACCAUUCUAAAACCAGGUCAAGAGCAAGCAUCAAAUGCCUAA